AAUUAUCCCGAGGGGCACUUCCGGCGGGCCAAAAUGGCCGCGACCGUUCAGGACUCACGUGUGCGCGCGGGGAAAAAGCUGAAGCGUUCCCUGAAGAGGAAGAAAAAGAUGAAACUGGUAGCCAAGGCCGAAAUGUCGAACCCGGAAGACGAGCUCAAGCACUCUUCCGACGGAGAAGGUUCAGAAGGAAGCGGUGAAUCAGAAAUGGACCAGUUGUCGGAGGAUGGCGCAGUAGAAGCUGACAGUGAGGACAAUGUUGACUCCUGUGAAGAAGAAAAGGAAGAUGCAGAGCCAAGUGCUGGGACUAAUUCUGGCUGGGCAGACGCCAUGGCUAAAAUCCUGAACAAAAAGACUCCUAGCAGUAAACCCACCAUCCUCACCAAAAACAAGGAGCUGGAGAAGGAGAAGGAGAAGCUAAAGCAGGAGAGGCUGGAGAAAAGGAAGCAGCUUGAUAAGAAGAGGGAGUGGGAAAUGAUGUGCAGAGUGAAGCCAGAUGUUGUCAAAGACAAAGAGGCAGAGAGGAACCUUCAGAGGAUUGCGACGAGGGGUGUGGUGCAGUUAUUCAAUGCUGUCCAGAAACACCAAAGGAAUGUUGGUGAGAAGGUUAAGGAAGCAGGAGGUUCCAUCAGGAAGCGAGCUAAGUUGAUGUCAACUGUUUCCAAGAAGGAUUUCAUCAGUGUUCUCCGAGGAAUGGAUAGUACAAAUGAGAACAGUUCUGCUGCUACGAACCCCAAAGCCAGACAGACUGAAAUGAAGUCAGAAGAGGGCCCCGGGUGGAAGAUUCUGCAAGACGAUUUCAUGAUGGGAGCCAGUAUGAAGGACUGGGACAAGGAGAGUGAUGAACCCGGGGGCGGCAGGGCAGGGUCGGCCAGUGACUGAGCAGAUGGGAGCCUCCAGUUCUCCUCCAAAGACGUUGUGUCUGACUGUUGGGAGCUAUGAGGCCAUCUGGUAAAUACCCGGACUUCCUGAGAACACCUGCUCCAGUGAGCUCCUUCAUGUGCAAACUGUAGUAAAAUUGUGUAUUUAAUCCUUAUGUAACUUUAGGCAUUUUCCCAAAAUAUUUGUACAAAGAACUACUUUCCUUUCUUGAGCAUUCAGAUGCCAUUUCUCUGGGAUCCUUACAUGUGAGCACAUACCCAUCAUGCAGCUAUGUUUCUAAAGUGCUGACCAUUUAUGAUUAAAUUGAAUUUGAUGUAAGAUUU